AAUCCACAUAAAUCAAUAAAGCAAAUGGCACAUGAAACUGGUAUUGCCAGAACCUGUGCUCAUCGCAUUUUAACUCAAAUUUUAAAAUUAAAACCAUAUAAACAAGCCUGUCAUCAUGAAUUGUUCCAUAAAGACUACAAGAAACGUAAAGAUGCAUGCAAUACAAUGAUUGAUUCCAUUCGA